GGAAGGUGAAGCCAUCUUCCAUGUUCACCCGCCGCCUGUAACAAGAACAGCAAGAACAGGAGACAUAGAGAGAGAAAGAGAGAGGGAGAGAGAAGAGGGUACAUUUUGAUGCUUGUUAACCGUAGAGGCAACCCAAAAAGCAUCUUCUUCGUCUUGAUCAAAGUCCUAACCUUAUACCCUUUGGUUUUCCUCCCAUUUUGUGUCAUACACACAUAAUUAGACACAUAACUAUCCUAACUACACAACCCUUCCAACUAUUGUCCCAUUUGUGGGUUGAUUGAGCCGUUUUUAGAGGCAGCAAGAGGGUGUUUCCCUCUCUUUGUUGGGGGGCUAUAAAGAGAAAGGCUUUGGGGCCAAAAGGGGGUUGGUUCCCAGAAAAGCAGUGAAAGGAAGAACCUUGUAAACCCCGUCAUUGUGAACAAGGGGUUUGUUCUGGCUUUGUGCAUUGGACAAGCAGCAGAGUACUAGUUUCACUGACCAACUUAAAAGGGUGGGAAAAAUGAAGUAUGUGUUGGUGACUGGUGGUGUUGUGAGUGGACUUGGGAAAGGAGUCACUGCCAGCAGUAUUGGCCUGAUCCUCAAGGCCUGUGGCCUUAGAGUUACCUCUAUCAAGAUUGACCCCUACUUGAACACUGAUGCGGGAACAAUGUCUCCUUUCGAGCAUGGGGAGGUUUUCGUCUUAGAUGAUGGAGGAGAGGUUGACCUUGAUCUUGGGAACUAUGAACGAUUUUUGGACAUUAAAUUAACUCGCGACAAUAACAUCACUACUGGAAAAAUUUAUCAGUCUGUUAUUGAGAAGGAGAGAAGAGGAGAUUAUCUUGGAAAGACCGUACAGGUAGUUCCACACAUAACAGAUGCUAUCCAAGAAUGGAUAGAACGUGUGGCAAAGAUACCAGUUGACGGGAAAGAAGGGCCAGCUGAUGUUUGUGUCAUUGAAUUGGGUGGAACUAUAGGGGAUAUUGAGUCCAUGCCUUUUAUUGAAGCACUUGGCCAGUUUUCAUACCGUGUAGGCCCUGGCAACUUCUGUUUGGUUCAUGUCAGCUUGGUUCCUAUACUUCAUGUUGUUGGUGAACCGAAAACAAAGCCAACUCAGCACAGUGUUCGUCAACUUAGAGGAUUAGGUUUGACCCCUAAUCUUCUUGCUUGUCGCAGUUCGAAGGAACUUGAUGAUAAUGUCAAGGCAAAACUUGCUCAAUUUUGUCAUGUGCCGCUGUCAAACAUCCUUACUCUCCAUGAUGUUCCAAACAUUUGGCAUAUUCCUUUGCUAUUGAAAGACCAGAAGGCACAUGAGGCGAUCCUGAAAGCAUUAAACUUGCUAGGUGUUGCAGCAGAGCCUAAUUUGAAGGAGUGGACUUCAAGGACAAAAGUUUAUGACAGAUGCGAUGAAACUGUUAGAAUUGCUAUGGUGGGAAAAUACACCGGUCUUUCAGAUGCAUAUCUUUCUGUUCUGAAGGCACUUUUACAUGCUUCUGUUGCUCGCAACCGAAAACUUAGCAUAGACUGGGUCCCGGCUGGGGAUCUUGAAGAAGUUACUUAUAAAGAGGAUCCUGAGGCAUAUAAAGCUGCAUGGAAUCUUUUAAAGGGCGCUGAUGGUGUUCUAGUUCCAGGAGGUUUUGGUGAUAGAGGAGUGCAAGGGAAAAUUCUUGCUGCUAAGUAUGCUCGAGAACAUAAUGUUCCAUUUCUGGGAAUUUGCUUGGGGAUGCAAAUUGCUGUCAUUGAGUAUGCACGAUCUGUUCUUGGUCUGCAUGAUGCCACUAGCACAGAAUUUAAUCCAGAAACCAAGACCCCUUGUGUCAUAUUUAUGCCAGAAGGCUCAAAAACUCAUAUGGGGGCAACUAUGCGGCUUGGUUCAAGAAGAACCUACUUUGAAGUUGCUGACAGCAAAUCUGCAAAAUUGUAUGGUAAUGUAAGCUUUAUUGAUGAGCGACACCGACAUAGAUACGAGGUUAAUCCUGACAUGGUAUCACAGCUAGAGACUGCUGGUCUGUCUUUUGUAGGCAAAGAUGAAACUGGGAGGCGCAUGGAAAUAGUUGAAUUGCCUAGCCAUCCUUUUUAUAUUGGCGUUCAGUUUCACCCUGAGUUCAAGUCCAGACCAGGAAAACCUUCUCCACUCUUCUCAGGAUUAAUCGCAGCAGCAAGUGAACCAAGGAAGAAGGUGCCAAAUGGUUACUCAAAGUUAGCUACGUGUAAUAAUAGACACUCACCAAAACUGAAAGCACACCAAAAUGUAAAGGGCUUCAAAGCACCAAAUGGUUCCUUGAAUGGUGUAUAUACCAAUGGCAAUAGUGUGUAUGUGGAUGGUAGUUGUUAGUGCUGAAGUCAGUGUUUGGUGCAUGCUAAUAAUCAUGGUAUAACUAAAAUAUCCAAGGGCAUUCUUUCUUGUGCUCGGUGGCUUGUACAGUUAGUGAGUGGAUAGGUCUUUUAGUUAGGGACUUGUCUUAAGCAUGAAGCAAAUUUUGAGUCUAACAGCUUUUGUAUUUCCUAGUGCGGUUGUGCUAUGGUGUGGCAGUUGCAGCCACCAUUGCUAUCACUCAUUGGUCAGAUAUAUUGGCUCAGACUUCACUUAUUCAGGCCAAAUAUUUGGGCUUUGGUGGCUUUUAAGUGCUGUUUAGGAUUUUUCAUCUUAGUAGUAUACAGGCUCAAGGUGUAAGAUUAUUUUAAACUGAGUGUUUUCUUUUGAGUGGCCAUUGAUGUAAACUCUUAUGUUAUGAUAAACAUUGAAGUUGAUUUUUGUUUGGUGUAAUUUA